AUGCCCGGCAUGAUGGAGAAGGGGCCCGAGUUCCUGGGCAAGCCCCGGGCGGGCCCCGGCGGCGCCAAGAGCCCGGCGGGCGGCGGCGCGGCGGCCACCAACGGCGGGCUGCCCGCGUCCGAGCCCGAGAGCGGCGGCAGCAGCGACGACGAGCACGGUGAUGUUGGGAUGAGAGUCGGCGCCGAAUACCAAGCCCGGAUCCCCGAAUUCGAUCCAGGUGCCACCAAGUACUCGGACAAGGACAAUGGAGGCAUGCUCGUCUGGUCCCCCUACCACAGCAUCCCCGACGCUAAGUUGGACGAGUACAUCGCCAUCGCCAAGGAGAAACAUGGCUACAACGUGGAGCAGGCGCUUGGCAUGUUGUUCUGGCAUAAACAUAACAUUGAGAAGUCCCUUGCUGACCUCCCUAAUUUCACUCCCUUUCCGGAUGAGUGGACCGUGGAAGAUAAAGUCCUAUUUGAACAAGCCUUUAGUUUUCACGGGAAGAGCUUUCACAGGAUUCAGCAAAUGCUUCCAGAUAAGACAAUUGCUAGCCUUGUAAAAUAUUACUAUUCCUGGAAAAAGACUCGAUCAAGGACAAGCCUGAUGGACCGCCAGGCUCGCAAACUAGCAAACAGGCACAACCAGGGCGACAGCGAUGAUGAUGUGGAAGAGACACACCCAAUGGAUGGAAAUGAUAGUGAUUAUGACCCCAAAAAAGAAGCCAAGAAAGAGGGCAGCACAGAGCCACCUGUGCAAACCAGCAAGAUCGGGCUGGGGCGCAGGGAGUACCAGAGCCUGCAACACCGCCACCACGCACAGCGGUCCCGGUGCCGCCCACCUAAGGGCAUGUACCUGACCCAGGAGGACGUGCUUGCCGUCUCCUGCAGUCCCAAUGCUGCCAACACCAUCCUGAGGCAGCUGGACGUGGAGCUCAUCUCCCUGAAACGCCAGGUUCAGAAUGCUAAGCAAGUAAACAGUGCACUUAAACAGAAAAUGGAAGGUGGCAUCGAAGAAUUCAAGCCCCCUGAGUCAAAUCAGAAAAUUAAUGCCCGUUGGACCACAGAGGAGCAGCUUCUAGCAGUGCAAGGUGUCCGCAAAUACGGUAAAGAUUUUCAAGCUAUUGCAGAUGUAAUUGGCAACAAGACUGUUGGCCAAGUGAAGAACUUCUUUGUAAACUACAGGCGUCGGUUUAACUUAGAGGAGGUGUUACAGGAGUGGGAAGCAGAACAAGGAACCCGGGCUCCCAAUGGUGAUGCCUCCGCUUUAGGGGAGGAGACAAACAGUGCUUCCAAUGCGCCAGCAGGGAAGAGCGCUGAGGAGGAAGAGGAGGCACAGACCCCACAGGCUCCUCGGACUCUGGGUCCAUCACCUCCCGCCCCAUCGUCCACUCCAACACCGCCCGUUCCCGUGGCAACUCUGAACCAGCCUCCUCCGCUGCUGCGCCCAACGCUGCCCGCGGCCCCCGCUCUCCACCGGCAGCCGCCGCCGCUGCAGCAGCAGGCUCGGUUCAUCCAGCCCCGGGCAACCUUGAACCAGCCGCCACCACCUCUCAUCCGCCCUGCUAACUCUCUGCCGCCCCGUCUGAACCCCAGGCCGGUGCUGUCCGCAGCCGCUGGUCAACAGCCACCGUCGCUUGUCGGCAUUCAGGCAGACGUGCAGUCCUCGGGGCACUAGACUCGGGGGCCCCUCACCCCAGCGCUCAGCCGGCUGGCCCAGGGGAGCCCCCUCGCCCGGACGCCUGGACGCGGACCAGCGCGGGGGCGUGGGCCCCCGAGCGGCUGCAGAAAUCCUUUAGUUCACGCGACUGAGGUGUCACCCAGCUAAAAGCCUGCCGUCCACUCCCGUCUAGAAUGUCCAUGCAGCGACAUGGUCUCAUACCAGGAGAAAAAAAAAAGAUCCAGUAUUCUAUAUACCAAGGGUUUUUUGGUUUUAUUUUGAACUGUAUUUAUUUUCUUGCAAGUCUCUAUUCCUGCCUCUUCUUAGUCAAGGCUCUUAAUAUAGGAAGAUCGAGUUAGGGAUUGAGACGACUCCUUACGUUUCUCGAGUUAAGGAUGUUUGACUUUUCCCCUUUAAUUUAAUUUUAAACAACAUUUUCCUAUGUUAGGAGUGCAAGAGUAAAUAGCCUGCAUUUAGAUUUGACAUGUUCAUUUGAUGCAUAUUUAAGCAAUCAUCGCUGCAUAUCCCUUUUUUCAAAAACACGUUGCUUUUUUUCUAAAGGAAUUGUAAUAUGUUCCUUUAAAAGAAAGCAAUUUAAUCAAUUGCAAAGCAAUUAUAUGAAACCACAGAGAAUGUACUGAACCCCCAACCCUUUGUGCACUUAGGGUCCUCGCCAGAGCCAUCACCUGUGGGCGAGGUGGGGUGGCGUGCGUCUGGAUGAGGACUUGGCUUGAAGUGCGACAUCUUCAAGGUCCUGGAAGUGGAGUUCAUUUUGAUUUUUUUAAAUGUUUCUAAAUGCUAUCUGCUUUGAACUAGUACUCGCCUAUCUUUGGGGACUUAGAAGAGAUUCCGUUUUGUCAGUUACGUGGAGCUAGUGGUUAGGGAAGCAUUUAUUUACAAUACCCUUUUCAUGUUUAGGUUCUGAAUUUAAAACCACCCUCCUCCUUCUGACUAUGGUCUGCAUUUACAUAAAGAAUGUCUUCUUGAUUCGUCUCUAUUGUGCUAUUUGGAUACACUUGCGUAUUCCCAGCAGCCAACUUGGACCCAUGGGUUUGCUUUAGGGGUAAAUCACGACAUUAUCUCAUAAAAUAAAUUUAAGAAUUUGUUCUGUGUUAUCUAAAGAUGCAUCAGUAUGUUGUCGCAAUUGUGCUGUUAAAAUGCUGAGACCCCUUUUCAUAGAGAAACAAAACCUUUCAAGCCUUUGAACACAUAACCACGAAGUCCCACAAAGCCCGUUUUACACGUGCUAGUGUUUCAACAAUGUGUCACCGAACCCUCUGAUACAGGGUUUCCUGCUAGAGUCCUGGCCCGUGCAGCAGGACGGAUGUGCAGGUGGCUAUCCAGCAGGACAGAGGGCUGACCACUCACAGCUGUGCCGGCUCACCACCUGACGCCCUGCUUUAUGUUUGGAGAGGUGAUGUGUUCCCAGCACCUUGGAAACACUGGCCGUGCUGUAGGCUCUAAAGCCAUCAGAGCCAUAGACUUGAGCGCACCGAUCAGUUUGGGUUUGGGAGUUGAGAGCUCUCCUCUUCAUGAGACCCUGUAGGCUGGCACAGCGCGAACUACCCCUAGGGACUACCUAGUUGCUAUCUCUAGGGAGCACCCCCUUCUCACUGGUCAUCUUAUACCAUCACCAGAAAAAAACAGACUCUAAGUUCUGAGGACACAAGAAUGUAUACUUAUCUUUAACAGCCCUGGGGGACAGUCACAUAUACUAAGACAUCUAGGGCGUUUUGAGAAGCCCCUCGACUGCCUUGCAUUUGUACCCAGUGUGCAGCUUGCUGUCUUGUCUCGUCAGUGGGCCUCCCCAUCGCUGUGUGGGGUCGUCGGCCACAGUGGUCAGCACCAGCAUCUGUCCAGCUGUCCCGUAUAUUGUGAUUCACUUAAAAGCCGUCCUAUCCCAGCCCUGGGCCCUGGUGCUGCAUUUGGGGCACAUGCCUGGAGCGCACAGUAGGACAAUCGUAGCUUCAUUUGUAAUAUGACACAUGUACCUGGUGAGAUGUCUUUAUCGUGUGCUUCGCGUAGUUUGUAAAUAUUUUGCACGUCAUUCUUUUUCUUUUUUGUUGAAGCAGUGUUUGGCCUGGAAGAGUGAUAUGCUUGCUGCUUACUCAAAGGAUUAAAGAGUUAAAGAUGUCUAUGUCUUCUAUUUUUAUAUAAUUUCAUGUUGUAUGAGGAACUUAGGACCUCUUCACUGUGAAUUCUUAAGACUGAUUUUUAUAAAAAAGCAAAACCGAGAAAUCUUUCAAUGACCAUUUCUUAAUUUCAGGGUUGGCACUUUUGAAAAGUCUACACAAGAGUAUUUCUUCCAUCACAUCACUAAAAAUAAAUCAUACUUGAUCCAUCUGGUGAUAGCAGUGAAAAAAAAAUUUUUCUCUAUGAUUUCAUUCUGGUGUAAUAUGGAUGGAGGGAAAGGUAAGUUAUGAUCAGAACAUUUUUCUUAAUAAUCUUACCAUUGUGUGAGUAAAAUAGAAGGGCCUGCCCUCACAGACCUGCCCAUUCUUUUUAGGGGUAAAUGCAAGGAACAAGCAAAACCACGUGUCAGUCACCAUUUUCAUAAAUAGUACAAGCGUUGCAAGUACUUUGGUGAAAGACCAAGUUUAGUUCCUAAAUAUGUUGUAUCAUCUUCAUGUUUCUUCCUGCUAUCAGAACGUUCCCCAUACAAAUCAGUAACUGCUGAUUACUUAACAAGACUAGGGCGUUAGGGUCUCUCCACUGAGAAUAACCAUACCUAGGACUCAAAACAGGAUCUUUCUCUCUGUGAUUCCCCAAAAUAAGCCUGAAUACAUUGUGAUUGUAAGAAGCACCUGAAAAGGAAACAACAUGGUGUGUGUGUGUGUUAACUGAGUUAUUCGCUACCCAUCACGUCUGUUUCCAGAGGAGGAAACAGAGAAAGUGAAUGCAUACAGAGCGCAAGAGUCAUGUGUGAAAAAUAAUACUAUUAAAACAUCUACAAGAAAAUAGCUCUAUUUCUGUCUCAUUUAAGGGCG